CUAAUUAAUAUUCCAUUGUUGUAGAUUUGUGUGCGGCGGCAAUAAAUUAAAAUUUUCAAAUGAAUACAUUGACCAUAAUGGAAUCAUUAAUAAAUCCACAACCAAUUGAAAAUUACAUCGAUUUAAUUAUUCAUUACAAUUCAUUAGAUGAAUGUUUUUCAGGUUUUACCAAAACAUCACCGCAAAAUGAUUUUACAACCAAAAAAGUAUUACAAGAAAAAUUGAUUUCAAUCUUCAAAGAUGUUGAACCAAAUCUUGUUGAAUGUAAUAUCAAAUUUUAUAUCGAUAAAAUGAGUAAAACAAUCGGUCACAAACAGAGCGAUUUACUGUUUGAAUUUCUAGUAGGUAUCAUUGAAGCUGAUCUAGUGAAACCGAUGAUUGUUUGUCGUUGUAUCCUGUCAGAAAAUUUUGAAUUGAACAAUGAAAUCUAUUGGGUGAAUGGAUUAAAUUUCAUUGAACGUAUCAUCCAUCUGGUCAAAUAUAAAGAAGUGCGAGAUAUAUUAGCUAUAUUACUCUCAAAAAUAUCAUUGAUACCAAUCAAAUGUUCCAAAUCAAUCUAUCAACAAGUGCAUGCCUUUCAUAACUUGAUAGCAUUGAUUUUGGAUCGAGAUACAAGUCUGUUACCAGCUUACUUGGUGCUUGAUGAAAUUCAAAAUAAAUUCUACACAGUUCUACAAAAUGGAAAUGGUCAUUGGGCGUUUUCUAAACUAAUAUCUGUAUUUGUCGAUAGUUUUCGACCGAUUGCCAAAAUUGUUUCACAUUCUGGACGACCUCGUAUCAUGCCUAUUGUUGGAUAUUGUUUCUGGAUCAAUUCAUUAAAUUUAGAUGAAAAAACUGCUAAAUACAAAUUGAAAGGCCUAUUACCAUAUGAUAAGGAAUUGAAUGAACCACAAUCAACAUUAUUAUUGCAAAUCAUUGAACAAAACAAUUCUCGUGAAACCAUUGCUCAUAUUCUUUCGUUGGCCAAACAUCAAGAUUUGAAAGACAAUCGUUCCAUUAAUAUUAUUGAAAAAUUAUUAAUCGAACUUAUCGUUAGUACAGUCAUCAAAAGCUGUAAUUAUAAAUCAAUUUUUGAAAUCAGUAAUUUUGAACAGUUUGAUUUUAAUCAAAUGGAAAAUGAUAUUGUUCAAAUUGUUAUGCUUUGGAAUCAUAUCUCAUCUACAACUCUGUAUUUUGUUUCUCAAUAUCAGAAUAUUUCUUUUUCAUUAUUGAUCAACAAUCUUUUGGAAAAGCUUUAUGAGUAUAGUAAAAUAUCACCAAUCACACAUCUGAUUAAAUGUCGAGAGUUUUUGAUGUGGACGCUCUUGCAAAUAUUAUCCGGAAUGGAAUAUCCAACAUCAUCAGAUAACAAUUCAUCUAGCCAAAAUGACAAUCUUAUUAUUUCAAAUAUUUUAAAACUAUUCGAUCUAUUAUAUAUCGAAAAAGAACCUCUACCCUUGCCAGAUUUCCGCAAACGAAAUAGUGUCUUCAUAAUGUCAGCAGCUUCGAUUUUCAUUUUUAUAACAAAAAAUGAUUUGGAUGGUUUAAAAUUUCAGCCUCGAAUACCAAUCGCAAUCAAAUUACACAUCGAUUAUUUACGUCAUAGUUCAAAUUUAAAUUUGACGAAAGAUUACUCAAUUGCUAUUUUAUGCAAUUCUUAUUCAUCCAAUCCGGAAUUGUACUCAAAAAUAUUUAGAUAUUUUGUCGACAAUAUUUUAGAAACCAGAAACAAAAUGAACACAUCGACAUCUGUACAGCAAAUGAGUGAUGAUCCUCCAAUCUCGAUGGAAAUGCUUGAUUCGUUAACCAUUCACACUCGAAAAGAGUUAACAUCAUACAUAAUGAAACGUUUUUUUAGUGUUAUGCAAGCUAAAACUGUACCAACAUUCCCUUCAUAUUUAGUAGAAACAUAUUGCCGGUUAACAUCAAUUAGUGAAAUCGAUCAACAUGAAGAGACCAAAACUUGGAGUCAGUUGAUGGUACAAAUUUCCAAAAUUCAUGGAUGGAGCUAUCUAUUUAGUUUGUUAGAAAUCUAUUCUUAUCGACUGCAUCGAAUAAAUUGUGCCAAUCAAAUACAAUUGUUGCGACAACUUUUCAACAAAUCGAUUGUUACUCAAAUUAAUCAUAUUCAACUAUAUUCAUUCAUGGAAAAUACUGCAUUGAAAAUUUUGUAUGGAUUUAAUUGUUUCGAAUUUAUUGCUUUUUGUACUGUGCGGCCAAAGAUAGUCGAUGAGACUUAUAAUUUUUUACCACCAGAUUCCGAAGAAUUAUACAAAAUUUUCAUAUAUACAUUAGCUCGCGCUACCCACAUAACUGGAACCGAAGCAUUAUCCAGCGAGCAAUAUGUCCAUUGGGUGCAAGAAAUUCUCAAAGAGAUUAAAAACCUCAAUAGCAAUUUGGCAUGGCCUUCAUUCACGCUUCAAUGUUUUCCACCGAUUAUCAGUGAAUUUUAUCAAUCCAGUACCAAAAAAGAAACUAAUCAUGCACAGUUGAAAAAAUCUGUUGAUGAAGAAUAUCGUCGAUGGAAAUCUAUAACGAAUGAUAAUGAUCGUAUCAAACAUUUUACUUCGCAAGGAACCCCGCCGUUGAUUUAUUGUCUUCUUUACAAAAUGCUUCUGGAUAAUGAACAUAUUCCACAAGUAUCUUAUAAGAUUUUAGAUAAAAUUGGUGUUAAAGCUUUAUCGAAUCACCUUCGAACUUUUGCCGAUUUUCUUGUACUCGAAUUUGCUAAUUUACUCGGUGGAUCACAUGUAAGCAAAUCAAAAGAAGCUGUGAAUGAUCUCAUUUGGAAAUGCCACGUCGUUACUUUGGAUAAACUAUUAUUAUGUCUAGCUUUACGAAGUUUUGAAGGAAACAAAGCACAAGUUUGUUUUUUCAUCAUUCAAUUGUUGAUUGUUAAAAAUUCCGAUGUCAAAAAUCGUGUUAAUGAUUUUGUUAGAGAAAACUCACCCGAACAUUGGCAGCAGUAUAAUUGGACAGAAGUACAGAAUAAUUUCCUCAGGAAAUACCCGGAAAAAUAUUAUUUCGACCAUUUACAGGAUGUCAACAAUCUGGGAAGUCAGAUUAAUAUACCACCGAUUUUCAGCAAUAUUUGUUUGAGAAUAUUGCCAGUUUUUGAUAUAAUUAUUCAUCGUCUUAUCGAAAUGCUUUCAUGUGGAAAUGAAUUCGUCUCGAAUUUUGUCGAUACAUUAUUGGAUGAAUACGGCUGCCUGUAUAAAUUUCAUAGCUACCCGAUCACAUUCCUGUACAAUACCCUGCAUUAUUAUGAAACAAAUUUAAAGGGAAAAACGAAAUUGAAGAAAAAACUGGUGUUUACUAUCAUUAAUGCUUUUAAAGAUUAUCGACCUAAAAAUUGGGCCAUAUCUGAGCCAUUUAUGAAUUAUUGUCAAAAAAAUAACGAUGAAGAAUGGAAUCCUGAUCCAGAAUAUUACAAAUUUUUGAUUGGACGAUUUGUCGACACAUUAUCUUCUCCAAGCAAAUGUCCAUUCAGUAUGACCGAUUAUCGAUUCAAUGAAUUUUCCAAUAUUCAAUCACAUGCUCUGUAUGUAACUUGUGUGGAAAUUUUAGCAUUGCCUGGAAAACCAUUCGAUGUAUCGAAUCAAUUAAUCAAUGUUGUAGCCAAUAGCCAUAAGAAUAUAUCUCGACAAGAUAUUGAAUUAUGGAUCAACGCAAUCGGUUUGAUAUUCACGGCAUUGCCUGAAAGUUAUUCCUCUGUACUUAAAGAACGUCUUGUGGAACUAUUGAAAAAUCCUCGUGCUUUCCUUGGGAAGAGUUUUUUUCACAUUUUUGAUUUCAAAAAUAGCCAUGCAAAUUUCUAUGAGAACGAUAUGAGCUACACAAUGGCUUUAUCGCAUUCUUAUUGGUAUCAUGGUACAUUUGGCCAAUUAUGUUUGAUGCCACAAUUCAUAAAAGAAAAGAUCAAACCGAUCGUUCAGACAGAAGAACAAUUGAUAUUGGUUUGCUAUUUUGUUGGACCAUUUUUACAACGUUUACAAAGUGAACGUACUAAAUGUAUUAUUGCUAUAGCUCAUGAAUUGUACCAAAUGUUGGAUACGGUAGACAAGAAAUGUACUCACCUUUAUCAUAUCGACACUAUUUGUGACUUGUUUUAUCAUUUCAAAUAUCGAUUUACUGGGAAUCUUUUGCAGAAAUAUAUCGAUGAACGAAUAGAUACAAUGCGGCCAGAACUUCAACAAAAAUUACGUUUUCUUUCUCAAAUUUCUGAUGAUUCUGUCAGUGGUUAAUGAUUCUUUGAUUAUGAUUAUUUAAACUUAAUGUAAAAAUU